GUCAAACUCAAGGCCCGGAGACCAGAUCUUCAUUUUAUAUGGCCCGUGUCAAUAAAGUCCAGUGUCAAUGCUUGGCGACCCGGUUAUCAGCGUCUUGCUCGUGCUCCGCCGAUUCUGUGCAUGCACGCCGCAUGAGCGCCAUGGUGUCCAGUGUCAUGUGACACGCUCCAAGCUGGCUGCUGCCAAGGAAGCAUCCAGCGAAAGUAAAGCGGAACAGCACACAAGGGAGGAGAUGUUUUAAUAGGAAAGGCUUUUUAUAGACUUACAUUAGAGGAGUCUUAUCAAGAACAAGGGGACGCGCUGUUUGCUCCACGGUCCUCUCCUCGCCGCCGAUGGGCGAGCAGCUGAUGCAGGGGGGGCAGCACCCUGCACGCAGCCCCCCGAGGCGCCUUCAAAUAGACGGCGUGAGGAGGAGGAGGAGGAAGAGGAGUGUGGAGCUGCACGGAAGCGAGAGCAUAGGCAUGCCAGGCUCUGUCGCCAUCAUGGCCGUGCAGAAGAGCGCCACCCGGCCAUCGCGGGCGCCACACGGGCAAGGAGACCAGAGAGACAAUGAUGCAAGAGCCAAUCCGAGGAGGCCGGUGAGCUCAGUCCUAGUGCCGCCAAGGUCCAGCUCGGUGGCCGGGGGAGCCAACAUCGACGAGAGGCUUAAAGCAGCGCGGGAAAGGAGAGAGGAGCAGCAGAAGUUACUCGCCUGGCGGGUGCAGAGCAGGCAGGAGCGUGAGCAACGAGCCACGCUGCACUACGAGCAGCAGCUGCAGGAGCGCCAGAGGAAGCUGCAGGAUCAAAAGAUCAAGGAGGAGCGGAGACGCUAUGCCGUGGAGGAGAAACGCAAACUGCGACUCCUGGAGGAAAAAGAGCGCAAUGAAACGGCGGUGCGCAGGACGCAGGAAAAGAGCCAAAAAGCCCAACAGAACUUCAGUCAGACGCUGAGGGGCAGGAAGCCCACCAGUACUGUUCCACGUCACUUAGCCCUCAGCACAUGGGAGAAGAACCUGGUGAGUCGCCUGCUAACCCCCACAAGCUCCUAUCUGGCCCGAAGCAAGAGCUCUGCUUGCCAGUCGGGAGAAGAAGUCGUUCAUAUUUGUCGCCGCGCAGUUUCCUUCUACUCCACAACCAGCAGCAGCUCCAGCAGCGCCCCGCAGAGACCCCAGGAGCCGAAACCGCAGAUCCAGAGGCCACAGAACCAGAGGCUUCAGAACCGCAGACCCCAGGAGCUGAAACCACAGAUCCAAAGGUCGCCGAACCAGAGGCUCCAGAGCCAGAAACCCCAGGAACACAAACCUCAGAACCAGAGACUCCUGGAACAGAAACCUCAAUACCAGAGGCCUCAGAACCAGAGGUUUGAGAACCAGAGACCACAGCAACAGAAACCCCAGAACCAUAGACCUCAGAACCAGAGACCCCAGGAACAGAAACCCCAGAUCCAGAGGCUUCAGAAUCGCAUACUACAGAACCAGAGACCGAAACCCUCCUUGAGUCCCAGCCACAGCCAGACCAGAAGCACCAACCAUAGACAGCAUGAUGCUAACAAGAAGAACACCGGCCCGAGUGUUCGAUCACCUCCCAACAAAACCAGCAGGACAGCAUCAUCUCCCUCUCCAGACCAAGUCCAUAGAAGAUCUGGCCGGCGGCAUUCCAUCCCUCUGCAACUGGACCUGCCGUCUGUUCCUGAGGAAGAUGCUCCCAUCUGCACAUCGGUUUUGUCGCCCGGCAACUCCAGGCCUGCCAGAAUAUCCGCCGAAGGUCAGCAUGAAGACGAAAUGGAGGACUCUCCCGAGGAUCCUUCAGACCUGCUCGGCUUUGAGGCAGAACUUGACGACAGAACCGCCGGAGAUGGAAGUCCCUCCAAGUUUCCUCCUUGUCUACCAGAAGUCCAGCUCAGGGCCUUGGCCGGUACCAGCGACCCAGAAGAAGGCUCCCGUCUCCUGGCUGAGAAGAGGCGUGAGGCCCGCCUGCUCAGAGAGCGAGAGGAACAGGAGAGCCUCCAAGCGGCCGAGGCAGAAAGGCGGAGUCGCGAAGAACUGGAGCGCCGCAGGGCCGAGGAGCGAGCCCGCCAGCAGGCCGAGGCGCAGCGUCUGAUCGCCGACAAGAGGAGGCGGGAGGAGGAGGAGCAGAGGCGGGCGGAGGAGGAGAUGGCUCAGGCCAGGAGAGAAGCGGCUCUUCUGCAUAAAAAGAGGGAGGAGGAACAAACCAGGGAGCGAGAAAAAGCAGCCCAGUUGGCGAAGGAGCGAGAGAUGCUCGCCCAGAAAGAAGAAGCAGAACGCCAAGUCAGGAAGAAGCGACUGGAGGAGAUCAUGCGGCGGACCAGAAGAACAACUUCUCCCGACACGAAAUCGGCGGCGGCGAGCAUCUUACCGAAAGAGAACUCGGAGCCUCCUGUGCACGGCGGCGCCGACAAGGUGCCGGAGGCGGGGUCCCGGCCCCAGCAGUUGGUCCUGGACCACAACGACGACGACGACGACGACAUGGGGGUGCCCGUGGUGGCCUUCAAGGAGCGUAGGUCUCUCAGGACCCUGGAAGACAUUCAGACGCACCAACGAGCCGAGGUCAUCUGAGUUGCUGUAUAGAGACAAGCAGUGACAUCGCAAGGACGACAACAAGGCAGAAUUUUGCUGCAUGGAAAGUCCCCGCCAUACUUCUUCUGUGAGAGUGUAACACUAAUGCUAACUUGUGUGUGUGUGUGUGUGUGUGUGUGUGUGUAUAUGAGUACUGCAAAAGAAGAUCCUUCCAGAAUGAAUUAAGCACAGCAGGUUAAUGAAUGAAUAGCAGCUUAUUUCCACAUGUCUCCACACAAGAGAUCCGGACACUGCCGCCUGUGUCACACAAUCACAAUGAUGAUGUUUGUUGCUGGUGCACUAAUAGGAAUAUACUGAAAUACUUUACUUCUACUCCUAGCUUCUUGCGACAAAUAGCAAUCACAUGGUAUUCCAAAGCUGAUAAGGCAGGGGUGUCCAAAGUGUGGCCCGCAGCUCAGUUUUUAGCGGCCCAUUUAAAAAAAAAUACUAUCACCAAAAAAAAAACAUAAAAAUGGGAAUUAAAGAGUAAACAAUUAAUAACUAAUAACACAAAGCUGCCAUGCAGGCAGUUUUUUUUACUUUAAAACUGUCAAUGUUAAAACAAAUAAUACCAACUUAUAAUCGACACAUAAAUCUGAAGUUGAUCUAAAGUGUAGAAAGUAAAAAUACAGUCCCCGGGACCUUUAGUCUUAUUGUCUUUUAACUGUCAUAGUUAGAGAAAAUAAUAAUGAAUCAAAAUCAACGUUGUUAUGAAAUAUUGACCUAUUCAAGGCUCCAUUUACUUCACAUCAAAUAUAUAUUUUUUAAAUGUUGUGGGAAAAUAUUGCAUAUUUUGUGUUUUUGCCUUUAAAAACAGGAUUUUCUUUUACAAAAAGGGCAAAAAAUAAAAUUAAAAUAAAAAACUUUAUGGCAAAGGAUGGAGCUGAAGUCGAUCUAUAGAUAUUUAAGUGUGGAAAGUAAAACAAAUUUUAAUAUAUAACUUAUUUUUAACACUUUAAUGCCUGAGACCCUUUGGGGUCCCCGGGACCUUUAGUCUUAUUGUCUUUUAACUGUCAUAGUUAAAGAAAAUAAUAAUGAAUCAAAAUCAAUGUUGUUAUGAAAUAUUGACCUCUUCAAGGUUCUUUUUACUUUACAUCAAAUAUUUGAGCAUAUUUUGUGUUUUUGCCUUUAAAAACAGGGUUUUCUUUGACAAAAAGGGCAUAAAACGUCUAAGAAUUUAAACCUUUUUGUCAACGGAUAUAUCUGAUAUAGAUAUUUUAGCAAUAAAAGUGAAAACGAAAAUGAUAUAUGACUUGUUUUUAACACUUAAAUGACUGAGACCCUUUGGGGUCCCCGGGACCUUUAGUCUUAUUGUCUUUUAACUGUCAUAGUUAGAGAAAAUAAUAAUGAAUCAAAAUCAACAUUGUUAUGAAAUAUUGACCUAUUCAAGGCUCCAUUUACUUCACACCAAAUAUAUAUUUUUUAAAUGUUGUGGGAAAAUAUUGCAUAUUUUGUGUUUUUGCCUUUAAAAACAGGAUUUUCUUUUACAAAAAGGGCAAAAAAUAAAAUUAAAAAAACAACAACUUUAUGGCAAAGGAUGGAGCUGAAGUCGAUCUAUAGAUAUUUAAGUGUAGAAAGUCAAACACAUUUUAAUAUAUAACUUAUUUUUAACAUUUUAAUGACUGAGAACUGUCAUAGUUAAAGAAAAUAAUAAUGAAUCAAAAUCAAUGUUGUUAUGAAAUAUUGACCUAUUCAAGGCUCCUUUUACUUUACAUCAAAUAUUUGAGCAUAUUUUGUGUUUUUGCCUUUAAAAACAGGGUUUUCUUUGACAAAAAGGGCAUAAAACAUCUAAGAGUUUAAACCUUUUUGUCAACGGAUAUAUCUAAUAUAGAUAUUUUAGCAAUAAAAGUGAAAACGAAAAUGAUAUAUGACUUGUUUUUAACACUUAAAUGACUGAGACCCUUUGGGGUCCCCGGGACCUUUAGUCUUAUUGUCUUUUAACUGUCAUAGUUAGAGAAAAUAAUAAUGAAUCAAAAUCAACGUUGUUAUGAAAUAUUGACCUAUUAUUCAAGGCUCCAUUUACUUCACAUCAAAUAUAUAUUUUUUAAAUGUUGUGGGAAAAUAUUGCAUAUUUUGUGUUUUUGCCUUUAAAAACAGGAUUUUCUUUAACAAAAAGGGCAAAAAAUAAAAUUAAAAAAACAACAACUUUAUGGCAAAUGAUGGAGCUAAAGUCGAUCUAUAGAUAUUUAAGUGUAGAAAGUAAAACAAAUUUUAAUAUAUAACUUAUUUUUAACACUUUAAUGACUGAGACCCUUUGGGGUCCCCGGGACCUUUGGUCUUAUUUUAACUGUCAUAGUUAAAGAAAAUAAUAUUGAAUUAAAAUCAACGUUGUUAUGAAAUAUUUACCUAUUCAAGGCUCCAUUUACUUUACAUCAGAUAUUUGACAUUUUUUUGUUGGAAAAUAUUGCAUAUUUUGUGUGUUUUCCUUUAAAAACAGGAUUUUCUUUUACAAAAAGGGCAAAAAAUAAAAUUAAAAUAAAAAACUUUAUGGCAAAUGAUGGAGCUAAAGUCGAUCUACAGAUAUUUAAGUGUGGAAAGUAAAACACAUUUUAAUAUAUAACUUAUUUUUAACACUUUAAUGACUGAGACCCUUUUGGGUCCCCGGGACCUUUAGUCUUAUUGUAUUUUAACUGUCAUAGGUAAAGAAAAUAAUAAUGAAUCAAAAUCAACAUUGUUAUGAAAUAUUGACCUAUUCAAGGUUCCUUUUACUUUACAUCAAAUAUUUGAGCAUUUUUGGGGGGGAAGAUAGUGCAUAUUUUGUGUUUUUGCAUUUAAAAACAGGGUUUUCUUUGACAAAAAGGGCAUAAAACGUUUAAGAAUUUAAACCUUUUUGUCAACGGAUAUAUCUGAUAUAGAUAUUUUAGCAAUAAAAGUGAAAACAAAAACUAUAAAUGACUUGUUGACUGAGACCCUUUUGGGGUCCCCGGGACCUAUAACGUUCACCAAAAUAUAAAGGAGCCUUAAUGCUUUUGAAAAUGAAUUUUUCAGUGUUGGACCCUCAGUGGAAAAAGUUAGGACACCCCUGGUCCAUAGAAUUCAAAAGAUGUUUUGCUUAGUGAGCAUCGUGUCUGAGAAUACUUUUGCACAAACGCUUUGCUUAAUAAUAUUAUGCAAUUGUUACCAAGUUGGCCGUUUAUAAUUAUUAUCAUUGUUAUAUAAUAGUGUAUAAAAGAAAUGACAAUUGAAAUAACUUGUUGCUGUUUAGUUUCUGCCUAUUGUUGUCACACUUUGAAUAUUUACACUGAACUAUUCGUCUUUGUUUCCAUUUGUUUGUUGACUGUAAAUUAAAUUGACUUAUUGGAUUUGACGUGUGUCACGUGGUUCCUGUCAAAGGCAUUCUUCAGCCUUCUAGAUGUUAUAAAGUUUUACAUUUACAGGGUUUCCUCCAGCGGUGAGGGCGUGGCCUAUGUGACGUCAUCAUAUAAUUUGCAUAAUCUGCAAUGACACAUAUAUUUGCUUUCAAAAUAAAUCUGUGUUGUUAUUAAUUAGCAUAAACAUAUAUAUAUUUUUUGGUAUUAUUAUAGUUUUUCUCUAUUGUUGCA